AUGCGUUUCUUCAUUAUUUUGUGUUUGGCGGCCGCCGUAUCCGCAGACAAAUUGGGCUACAAUUACCGACCUGUAGACCAUUCUUCGUCCGGACUCUCCUUCACACCCGGCAGUUCUGGUGUAGGUGGUGUUAGUGGCGGCAUUGGUGGAGGUAGCGAUGGUUUCGGCUCUGGCGGUCUCAGCAGCUUUGCUCCUGGUGGCGAUGAUGGUAGCUACGGCAGCUCUGGAAGUCUCGGUGGACUUACUGGUGUCGGCAGUGGAUUCGAUUCUGGCGCUCAAAGUAUUGUGUCACCUGUCACACAGGAAGCCAACAAAGAAUUCUUCUCCUUCUCUGCUCCUGAAGAUGAAUUUGAAGAUGCCGAAGGUGCCCAACAAUUGGCUAAUUCUCUGAAAAAGAACGUUCGUGUCAUCUUCAUCAAGGGACCUGAAAACAAUGGCUUAGAAAAGGCUGCCCUCGCUCUGGCCAGAAACGCUGCCGAACAGAAGACUGCCAUCUAUGUGCUGCAGAAGCAACAUGACAUCGCUGAUUUGGCUAACAAAUUGCAGUCUGUCAAUGAUAAUCGCAACCACCAUCCAGAGGUGCACUUUGUCAAAUACCGCAACCAAAACGAUCUUGUCAACGCCAAGCAAACCAUCCAAUCGCAAUACGAUAAAGAGCCCGGUGCAUCCCAAAACUACAAUCACGCUGUUGCUCCAGUGAUCAACUUUGCCUCGCCAUCCGCCCCAAUUCAGUCGUACGGCCAACAGCAACAAUACUACAACCCAGCUGCGUCCAACACAAAUACAAACUACUUGCCACCCUCGCUGUUGAGACGUCUCCGUUUCUAA